ACUCUGAUCUAUCCCCUCUGCUGGCCUGCCUGCCUGCCUCGCCAACCGAACCACUCGGUCUGACCUUCCAAGACUACUUUCAUCCAAAAGAAAAAACCUUCUCCAGAUUUCAGAAUGUCGACUUAUAGGAGCAGCAGUUACACUAUGAGAAGCUCUACUGCCCCACGGAGCUUCAGCAGCAGUUCCUAUACUGCACCAAGCCUCAGCGCCCGCAAGAGCUACAGUGUCAAGAGUUCCUAUGGGGGCAGCAGGGGCUUCGGAGGAGCUGGCAUCACCAGCUCAUCUACCUUUGGCCUGAGCUCAAGCAUGGGUGGUGCAAGCUUGGGCAUGAGUGGAGGCUACGCUGGUGGCAUGGUUGCUCCAGCCCCUAUCACCGCCGUGACUGUGAACAGGAGCCUGCUGGCCCCCCUGAACCUCGAGAUUGACCCCUCCAUCCAAGCUGUCCGCACCCAGGAGAAGGAGCAGAUCAAGACCCUCAACAACCGCUUUGCUUCUUUCAUUGACAAGGUUCGCUUCCUCGAACAGCAGAACAAAAUGCUGGAGACCAAGUGGAACCUGCUGCAGGGACAGACCACCACCCGCUCCAACAUCGACGCCAUGUUCGAGGCCUACAUCGCCAACCUGCGCAGACAGCUGGACAGCCUGGGCAACGACAAGAUGAAGCUGGAAGCCGACCUGCACAACAUGCAGGGCCUGGUGGAGGACUUCAAGAACAAGUAUGAAGAUGAGAUCAACAAGCGCACAGAAUGUGAGAACGACUUUGUCCUCAUCAAGAAGGAUGUCGAUGAGGCCUACAUGAACAAGGUUGAGCUGGAGGCCAAGCUGGAGAGUCUGACAGAUGAGAUCAACUUCCUCAGGUCGAUCUAUGAGGAGGAACUGCGUGAGCUCCAGAGCCAGAUCAAGGACACCUCAGUCAUUGUGGAGAUGGACAACAGCCGUAAUCUGGACAUGGACUCCAUUGUGGCUGAAGUCAGGGCUCAGUAUGAGGACAUCGCCAACCGCAGCCGUGCCGAGGCAGAGACAUGGUACAAGACCAAGUAUGAGGAGAUGCAGACGUCCGCCAGCAGAUACGGAGACGACCUGAGGGCCACCAAGACAGAGAUCGCAGACCUGAACCGCAUGAUCCAGAGACUGACAUCAGAGAUUGAUGCAGUCAAGGGACAGCGUGCCAACCUGGAGGCCCAGAUCGCUGAGGCUGAGGAGCGCGGUGAGCUGGCAGUGAAGGACGCCAAGGCCCGCAUUAGGGAUCUGGAAGAGGCCCUGCAGAGAGCCAAACAGGACAUGGCCCGCCAGAUCAGAGAGUACCAGGACCUGAUGAACGUCAAGCUGGCUCUGGACAUUGAGAUCGCCACCUACAGGAAACUGCUGGAGGGAGAGGAGGACAGGCUGGCAAAUGGCAUCAAGGCUAUUAACAUCUCCCAACAGAGCACAAGCUACGGUGGCUUCCCCAUCGACAUGAAGAGCGGCUACUCAAGCAACUACUCCAGCGGUUACAGCAGCGGAUAUGGCAGCGGCAGCGCAUACGGCAGCGGCAGCGCGUACGGCAGCGGCAGCAUGGGCGGCUUCAGCGGCACCAACACCCAGAGCAAGAAGAACGUCGUCAUCAAGAUGAUUGAGACCAAGGACGGCAGAGUGGUGUCCGAGUCCUCUGAGGUCAUCGAGGAUUGAGCUGUCUAGCUUAGAGGUGUAGGUGUAGCUAUCUGUCUGCUAUCUCCUCUGCCUCUCUGGUAGUUUUAUACUCACAGUUCACCCCCCCAACUAUCUUAAUAAACAAAUAUGAAGUGAAAUGCUUGCCAACCACUCUCCAGUAGAGCCUAAUUGUGUUUUUUCCUGAAGCAAUAAAUGAUCCUAACACUACCAAAGAUUUGAAAGGGACCAAAGAAUUUAUUUUGUAUGUCUGUCGUCUGUCUGUACUAAAAGAGUAGUUUUUGUCCCACAAAGUGAGAUUAAAAACUGGGCAAAUUGCGACUUUGAAAAACAAAAUAACACUCCCUUGAACUCUACGGCGAUUCCACACAUGAAAGGCUGUUUCCUUCAAACGGUGUUGCGUCAAACAGACCGCGGUGUUGUCAAAGGAAUGUGAAUGUACUGAACCGUGCUUCAGCGUUGUUGGUCAGCUAAUGUCUUAAAAUUGCCUGCUACAGUAGGUAGUGCAUGUCUUCCCUUUGCGUGUCCUGUAACUGAAACUGUUCGACCCCUUAGGAGGCUGCCCACGUCAUACUGUUGUCCUGAGGUGCUGUUUUUGCUACCAAACCAAAUAAAAAAGUGUUUACUGAAAAAAAAA